AUGGAUGAGAUGCAUAAGAAAAGCGUUUGUGAUGAAAUAAGGCGACGCAAUAAGGAGAAGAAAAUUCAGCGUGAGACAGAUACACAAGAUGUCGCAUCUGACCCCGCAUGUACAGCAGAUACAUUUGCCAUUGUUAACAACUUGGUUGAGUCGGAAAGUCAAAACAUUGAUAAAAUUAAUAGUUGCACCUCCUCAGAGUCAUCUCGCGAAAUAAAGGUCGUUGCAAAUACUUCACAAGACUAUGCUCAGAAAUGUAUUGCGAAUUCCGUUGUAGAUUCGAAAGUACCACAUGAUAUAAAAACCGUUAACGAUCAAGAUAAAUCAGCGGUAGAACCGAAUAUAGUAACCGAAUUCGUACAAGGUUUGUUGGAAGAGUUACUCUCAUCUGACAGUCGACUUCUGGAAUCUAUUAAGUUUUCUCCCCCCAGAACCCUAAUUCCCGGAUCAUUAAGUAUUAAGAAACUUGCUAAUUUAUUCUGCCAAUCGAUUGUUACAAGAAAAAAAUCGAUUAUAGCAAAGCGAGAAGAGAUUUCAUCUUGGGAUGUUACAGAUGGAUAUUUACGUGUAAUGACCUGUAAAGCAAGAAAAAUCAAUAAGUUAUUUGGGUAUGAAUAUGAUCCUGUAACUCUGAAAAAAAAUAAAGGUAUAGGAUGGAAUAUGGUUCAGCGGGUCACUUGUAGUGCUGACAGAAUUUCAAGACUAACUAAUCCUCAAAUCGAAUACAUCAUAAAGCAGGUCAAAUCGAAGACAAUCACUAGUCAUGUGAACAAAAUCUUUGAAACCGUGGUAAAGUCAUCAAAUGUAGUAACUCCAGCUAAGGCAAAUGACCACAAUGAUGACGACUCCGAUUCAGGUAAUGUUGACUCCGGCUCUAACUCAGAUUCCGAUGAAUCAAUAGACUCGAACCACCCCCAUGACAUUCUCUUGCGUGAAGAAAUUGCUCGAUUAGAGCGAAUCUCUAAUUAUCCAGGUAAUUCAGCACCCACGCCUCAAAUGACCCCAGUUAAGGUAGAUAACUACAAUGAUGUAUACUUUGAAGAAGAGGAUUUAAAGGAGGAAGAAGUAGAAUCGAACGAAGUUAAGUCGGAUGAUGAAAAUAAUUCUGAAGAAGAGAUAGAUGAAUCGGAUAACGAUGGAUAUAGUGGAUGCGGUGGAUAUAAUGAAUAUGGUGAAUCUGAUAGAGGUUAUUAUUAUGAUUUAA